GUGAGAAUUAAACCCACUACUUACGGCCCAAAGACGAAUUUCAACCCACUAUUUCGGUGGACUUUGCCACUUGGAAAGACUCAACCCUCCUUAGUCCUUUCCUCUUUACUCCGCUCUCUUUUAAAGGAGUUGCCGGAAAUCACAGGUCUCGACGGCGGCGAUGAUGAGACGAAGAGGUUUUGCUGCUGCUGCUGCUGCUGUUUAUAUUUCUCAAUUUCAGAAAGCAUCAGGCACUAUUGCUGCUGCUACUGGUGAAUUAGCUUUUCAUUCUGCUGCUGAUGCUACGAAAUACCCAUUUGAGGGUUUCACAAAUGUGAUUAAUAACGACGUAAACAAUCUGGAGGAUGCUGUGGGAUUGUACAAUGAUAUGGUCCGCAUCAGGCCUCUGCCUUCUGUUAUUCAGUUCACUCAACUCCUUGGCCGCAUGGUUAAGAUGAAGCACUAUUCUUCUGCGAUUUCCAUUUUCAAAGAUAUGUGGUUUUCGGGCAUUCCAGUUGAUGAGUACACCCUGACUAUCUUGAUUAAUUCUUACUGCCUCUUGGAACGAGCGGAUUUGGGAUUUUGUGCGCUGGGGCUUUUCUACAAGAAUGGCAUUGUCCCCAAUGCGGCUACCUUUAGCACUUUAGUCAGGGGACUUUUUCGACAGCAUAUGAUACCCCAGGGGCAAGAAUUGUUCAUCAAGAUCAUUCGCGAAAGGUUGUGUGAACCCAAUGGGGUCAUGUUUGGAGCCGUGAUUAAUGGACUCUGCAACGUGGGGAACACUGGCAAAGCCGUUGAACUUCUCAGAGUUAUGGUUAAAGAAGGAAGAGUUAAACCGAACGUCAUAAUUUACAGCACUGUCAUUGACAGCUUGUGCAAGAAUAAAAUGGUAGAUGAAGCUCUUGACGUUUUACAUGAGAUGGUGGAGCAGGGAAUUGCCCCAGAUGUUGUUACCUACAAUUGUUUGAUCCAGGGUCUUUGCAAAUUUGGUAGAUGGAGAGAAGCUAAAGUAUUACUGACAGAGAUGAAUAAUUUUCACGUUGUACGAGAUGUUUAUACAUUUAAUAUUGUGAUUGAUGCACUAUGUAAGGAAGGAGAGGUAGAAGCUGCAGAAGAUGUAUUUAAAACCAUGAUUGAGCAAGGUGAGCGACCAGAUUGCGUGACAUAUGGUGCUUUGAUGAAUGGAUACUGUUUGCAGGGCCGAAUGGAUGAAGCAAGGAGAGUUUUUGACACCAUGGUUGCUAAUGGAGUUGUUCCGAGUAGUGUCAACUAUAAUAUAUUGAUCAACGGAUAUUUUAAGAAGACGAGAGCAGAUGAUGCUCUACAUCUUUUUGAAGAAAUGCAGUGUAAAGGUUUAACACCUAGCACUGUUACAUGCAAUACAGUCUUGCAGGGAUUGUUUAGGGUGGGAAGGUCUGCUGCUGCAAGAAAAUUGUUCGACCAAAUGCUAACGAUUCCCAUAACAUCUGACUUCUACACUUACUGUGUGAUGUUGGAUGGAUUAUGCAAUGUUGGACACAUCGAGGAAGCACUGGAUUUGUUGCAUAAGAUGGAAGUUGAAAGAGUGGAUCUCAGACAUGUAUGCAUGUACAACAUCAUUCUUCAUGGACUGUGUAAAAUUGGGAGGCUUGAUAGUGCUCGAGAUCUUUUCGAAAGCCUAUCUCUUAAAGGACUGGAUCCAGAUGUUUCAACAUAUACUACCAUGAUACAAGGGCUCUGCUCCAAAGGUUUGCUAAAGGAAGCUAAGGAGUUUCUCGUAAAGAUGGAAGAGAAUGGUUGCUUGGCAAAUAGGAUAUCAUACAAUGUUAUUGUCCAAGGACUUCUUUUGGGAGGUAAAUAUGAUGACGCACUGGUGCAUCUUGAAGAAAUGGAUAAGAGAGGAUUCCCUCUUCAUUCACAUACCUUUUCCAUUUUAUUAAAUUCAGUUAAAGAGAGUGAAAACGAUCCUUCUCUUCUCAAGAUACUUCAGAAGUUUGUUCCCAAUAUGAGGGAAUACAGUCAUGAAUAAAAGGCACAGGUGUCUUUUAGUAUAUUGCAAUGAUUCUUCGGAUGUUACUCAUAUUGCCUGUGAGUAUCAUUUUCUGGUAAAGUAUAUGUUUGAAAUAUGGAAGUCUGACGUUGUUAUAUGCAGUGCAAUGAGUCAAGGCCUAUGCACAAAAGAAUUAGCUAAAGGAAGCUAAGGACUUUUGCUAAAGGUGGAAGAGAAUGGUUGCUUGGCAGACAGGAUCAUGUAAAAUGUAAUUGUCUAAGGACUGCUUUUGGGUGGUAAAUAUGAUGCUACACUGGUGUAUCUUGAAGAAAUGGAAUAGAGAAAAUUCCCUCUGCAUUCACCUACCAUUUCCAUUUUAUUAAAUUCAUUAAAAGAUAGUGAAAGUGAUCCUUCUCUUCUGAAGAUAAUUCAGAAGUUUGUUGCCAAUAUCAAGGAAUGAAGUCAUGAAUAAAAGGCACAGGGUAUCUUUUACUUGAUUGCAACCAUUUGCGAUCCCUGGAUGUCACACUCAUAAGUGCAGGUCUUCUGCGCAAGAAAAUUGUUCCACCUGUUGCAAAGGGCUUCCAUAACAUCUGACUUCUAGACUCACUCCGUGAUGUUGGAUGGAUUAUGCAAGGGUGGACACAUCGAGGAAGCAGUGGAUUUGUUGCACAAGAUGGAAAUUCAGAGAUUGGAUCUCAAACAUAUAAGUAUGUACGUCGUCAUUCUUGAUGGAUCAUGUAAAAUUGGGAGGCUUGAUGGUGCUCAAGAUCUUUGCAAUAGUCAUUUUCUCAAGGGAUUGGAUCCUGAUGUCGUAACAUACAGCACCAUGAUUCUAGGCCUCUGCUCAAAAGGUUUGCUUAAGGAAGCUAAAGACUUUCUUAUAAAGAUGGAAGAGAAUGGUUGUUCGGCAGAUAGGAUCACAGACAAUAAUGUUAUUGUCCAAGGACUUCUUUUGGGUGGUAAAUAUGAUGACGCACUGGGUAUCCUGAAGAAAUGGAUAAGAGAGGAUUCCCUCUGCAUUCACAUAAAUUUUCCAUUUUAUUGAAUUCUUUAAAAGAGAGUGAAAAUGAUCCAUAUCUUCUUAAGAUAAUUCAGAAGUUUGUACCCAAUAUGAAGUAAUAAAGUCCUGAAUAAAUUGUAUAAUUUUCUGUGAAA